UUGCCCACCUCUAUUGUUUUUUUCCUAUCAAAAUGAGCGCUGUGGUCGAUCCGCUGGAAUUGUUGUCCCAGAAGGGCAACCGCCAGCCCACUUUUCUGGGUCCAAUAUGGAAUCCGCUCGCCUGCGGAGUGGCCGGAGUGGGCGCGGCCAUUUUCAUCAACUGGGGCUUCCGUAGACCCGUGUUUUCCGGCAUUCAGAAGCAUAUUGCCUUUGGAUUAAUUGGACUCGGUGCAGGAUAUUAUUUCGAUCAGAAACGCAGUGAAUAUCUGGCCAAAAGAGACGCUGUCCUUCGGCACUAUAUCGAACUGCAUCCCGACGAUUUUCCCGUCAAAGAACGCAAGACCUACGGCCAAGUUCUGGAGAGUUGGGUGCCAGUUCGUUAAAUGGAUCGAGAUUUGUGUUGUAAAGCAAACGUUGGCAGUAGUUAAUAAAACAGCUUUAAUUGUAA